CGCACUGCUCCGAAACAGUUGGGCGCUCACGUCGGAGAAGCCGCUUCCGUUUCCAACGCCGUAUUCCGUCCGCACCUGCCUGUACCGCCGCUCUCCCCCCACCCGGGCCGAUCGGGGCCCCGCGCCCCGCCGCCUCCUCCGCCAUGUCCGCCGCAGGAAGUGAAGGCUUAUUGGUCCUGGCUGAACAAGUGGAAUCACAAAUGAACCAUUCUGCAAGUACACAGAGAGGAAAUGGCCACAUCCCUGAAAAAAUGGAUUUUGUGUCUUUGUGUAAUAAAAGAAAGCGACUUGCCCCUACUCCGGUGGGACAGAAUGUGAUAAGAACCAGUGAAGGAGAAUAUGAAAACAGUGAGAGUGUGAUUUAUGAGUAUGAACCAGAUUACGAAUGCGGGAGUGUUGUAUCUGAAGCUUCCUGCAUUGGAGAUCAGCAGAAAACUCUCAUGGAAGUUCUAAGUUAUUGCCAGGCCAUGUACGAAUCCAUUCAGAAACUGGAUAAAAAACUUGACCUGCUUCAUCGAAAGGUCUCAGAAAUGCAGCAUACUUGUGCUAGGCCACUGUUACUCAAACCUAAACCAGUUGCAUACAGAAGUUCCAGUCAUUUGCCCCAGGGAAAAAUAAGAGUACAAAAAUCUGUGGAAAGGACUUCAAGUCUUCAUCUCUCUUCACCAGGCCGAGGAAGGCAUAACCCAGUCAUAAGGGCUGCUUUACAAAAUAGCUGUGUUCAGGUGAAUUCCACAACAAAUAGCGUUCAACACACUGUUGAACUUGAAUCACAGCAGCCUGUUCUUAGGCAGAGCCCUCCACUCCCCACCAUCGUUUCUACACGUUCCUUGCAUUCAGAGUUUACAGCAGCUGACAGCAUCCCUGACCUUCUUCCACAACCAAAUCUUUCAGCUACUGUUGAAAGUACUGUCAAUAUUGCAUCAUCUUCAGCAGCAUCAUCAGUGAUGCCAGCGCCAUCUGAAACAGGUUUGGGAGAUGAAGCAGUGGUGGUGAACUACAGAAGUGCGUCUGGGAAUGUAAACAUUAGUAAAGAAGUGCCACCUUCAUCAGUCUCCAUCCAUCCAAGCUUUGAAUAUGUUGGUGACCCAGUGAGAAAUGUGAAAGUUCUUGGAAACUAUUUGAUGAAAGCUCGUCAAAAGACUAAACCAAAGUAUGCAGCACGCUACUUAGUUCGUGUCUUGUUCCCCAAGGAAGCUUUGCUGUGUAGCGUGGUAGGAAUGAGUACACAAGGGUGGUGUUCACUGGAUCCUAAUAAAAUGACUGCAAUAAGAGAAUUUCUUGCAGCUAACUUUCCGAACUAUGAUUUGAGUGAAUAUGGAAAAGACUGGAAAACUUGUAUCACACAUAUCAAUGCUAUGAUCCGCUGUUUGCACUCUGAAACAAAAAUAAACCAAGAGAUAGCUAAUGAGAAAGACAAAUUGGCUUACAGUCCAGAUACAUCUCUUGGUGUAGAUUUAAAUUGCAAUGAAGACAGUAAAGGGAGUUCUCAAAACUCUCAGAAGAUGACCAAUUCUACAAGUGACAGUCUGCAAAAUUCAGGAUGGAAUAAGUUCCCAGAAUCUUUCCAUACACCUUCAGUGAAGAAACUGCAGUCCCUGGAACCUAUGGAACUCCUUGGAAGUCCGUGGCGCAAUGUGCAGCUGCCUGUCUCAGUCCUUUAUGUAGCAAAGGGGAAGUCUCGGCCAGAGCUGUCAGCUCGCUACCUGAUUCGUCAUCUGUUCACCGAAGAUGUGCUGGUGAAAAGCAAUGUGUACGGUAAUAUUGAACGUGGUAUGAGUCCGUUGGACUGCAACAGAAUUAAUGCUCUCAGAGACUUUCUUCAAGAGAAUUACCCAUCCUUUGAUCUGAAGGAAACUGGAUAUGAUUGGAAGGCGUGUGUGGCUGCCAUAAACAGUACAAUCCGCAGUCUCAGACAUGACCACAAAAAGGCUACAGCUGGAAUCCUUUAAGGUGUCCUCCAACCUGAGGCAUUCUAAGAAUAUACCUAUGAUCAAGGUAGCAGAAGCAGGUAGAAAUGCAGAGAGGAAAAAAAGGACCUCCAUGAAGGACGAUUAAAAGUCAGUGAAACUAUUUCACUGUGUGUGAGGAGGUUAAUUAGCUUAAUUCUGAUUUAGUGCUACAGGAGCAAGAAAAAAAUAUCCAGAACAAACAGCCCAAGGUUUAUGUUUCAUCAUGAUGAAAACUGGUGACAGUACUUCUUUGGUGGCAUAGUCAGCUGCACAGUGGCAUAUGUCUAAUCAGUCUGAUGUCCAGAAGUUGCAAAUUCACUGCAACUUUCAUCUAGACAUUUAGAGGAUUUGGAUCCUGGUUCAGAUUUAAGAAAGAAUAAUUUCCAUUAUCUUCUAGUGCUUGGACCUCUAGUUAACACUGUAAGGACAUGUGCUGCAUACUGUUCAUAUGCAGUCAGAGAUGACCAACAUCUGUGGUACACUUUAUCAAGCUCACAGUCAUAGCUUUUAAUAUUCAGAUCUGUGGCUGCUGGUCCACAGGGCUACACAGUUUGCUUUGCUGUCUGGCUACACUGCUGUUCUGAAGGCUUUUUGUCCUGUUGUUGUUAACUUAAAUUGUGAAAGAUGUGCAAUGAUUAUUCCUGCCAUUGCUUGCUCUUCCACAGAGUGCUGAGAUUUAUUAGUGGACUGAAAAAAUAAAAUCUCUUUUUUAAAAUUAUUAGGAUAUGGGAACCUGAAAAAAACAUAUAGAAAUAAAUGGCUUCAUAUAUAUUAAAUUUCAUAUGUGGUAGUUUAACCUAAGAUGGCUGCCAGGUAAUCUCCAAGCUGCUGUUUCACUCCCCAUACUUAACAGGACUGGGAGAGAAAAUAAAAUGAAUAGUCAAGAUACAGAUGUGGAGAUCACUCAACAAUAACCAUCGUAGACAAGGAGACUUGAUUGGUGAAGAUGCAUUAUUUAUUGCUGAUUAAAAACAAGAGUAGAAUAGUGACAAAUGAAGACAAAACCAAAACCAUAUUUCUCCUUCCCUCUUAUCCCCUUUUCCUAGUUUUAACCUAAGUCUUGAUUCUCCCACCUCUCCUUGAGUGGCACAGAGAAAUGGGGGCUCUGAUCAGUCCCUAACACUUUGUCUCUUCCUCUCCUUAAUGGUCACUCUCUGCUCCUGCUUCAACUUAGGGUCCCUUGCAUAGUUAUGCUGUCCUUCAUGGACUGCUCCAGAGUGGGCCCCCCAUAGGCUGUAGCCUCCAUCAGUCCAUAUCCAGCUGCUCCACCAUGGGCCUCUCCAGGGAUUACAGGGAACUUAUGCUCCACACCUGGAGCACCUGCCAUCCUCCUGCACUGACAUUGGUGUCUGCAGGGCUGCUUCUCACAUUUUCUAACUCCUUUCUCAUGACAGCAACACAAGAUUCCUCACUCUUUCUUAAAUAUGUUAUCACAGACUUAGCACUGGCCACUGAUGGUUCCCUUUUGGAGAUGAUUGGAACUGGCCAUGUCAGACAUGAGGCAUCUCCUGUCCUUUCACAAAAGUCACACCUGCAGUCACGCUGCUACCAAAACUUUGUCUCAGAAAUCCUAUAUAAUUCCUGUUGCUUUCCUUUCCAGUACUGGCUAACUGGUACAUGUGUUUGCCUUUCCAGUUGUAUUAUCUCUGAGCUUAGCCUCAAGCAUUCAACUUGUUCAUAGAAAAUAGCUCCUCAUAAAGCUGGCACAAGGAACCAGAUUCAUUUCUAAAGGUUGAAGCAACUUUGGCUUAAGGCUGCAUAUAUGACAGAAAAAGAUUUAACUAAAUCCAUCCCCUUCGAGGCAAAGGUUCCAUGGUUUGGUGCUGUGCUUUUUUGUUUCUUUCUGUUUAUAGCUAUAGGAAAAAGUUGGCAAGGAUACUGGUACAUGCUUUGACUUCUAUUCGUAACAAAAAGGCAGUUUAUUAUACACAGCAUAUAAUCAGUUUUCUUAUUGUAAGUUAGAAUAUGCAGUGGCCUUAUCAAAUAGAAAAUUACUAAGUUUCCCUAACAAGCUCCUUGCUGACAUCUUCUGUAGGAUUUAAGAAAUAGGCUAAGUUGAUAUAUAUGUAUUUUUUCAAAUAAAGACAAUGUACUGGUGUUGGAUGGUAACACAAGAACAUUUAUUCUUCUGGGUUACUUCUGACAUUCAUCUGUUACUGUUCUAUAUAUUGUUAUUUGCAAAUGCAAAGAACUUUAUUUUGUGUAUAGAUCUUAAUAGUUCCAAAACUGAGGUGGAAAAAAAGCCAAAAAUGCUUAUAUUUUUUCAUUAACUAUAUGAAACCUUUUCACUGUCACUCAUAGAUUGGAACAGUAGAGUGAUGUAUUUAUUGAAUGACCUGACUGGCACUGAAAUCUGUAGGUGUGGUGCAUACCUCUAGCUUCCAUAUUGAGAAGAAUAAUUGAAUGAAAGUAGAAAUAGUUUUCUUGGUUCUGUUAGAAAUGUAUCACUUUUUGCUAACUUUUAUAAAAUAAAGUAUUUUGCACUUAGGAAAAGUAUUUUAUGAAUAAAACUAGCAUGUAGCUCCU